GGUUCCUAAACGGCCGGAAAAGGGUAAUCCCGCGGCGUGCUCUGGGCGGAGCCUCUUUUCCGUGAGGCCGCCGAGAAGCAGCCAUGACGGAGCCGAAGGUUUUGGUGAUUGAUGGACGUGGCCACCUUUUGGGUCGUCUGGCAGCCAUUGUAGCUAAGCAAGUCUUGCUGGGGCGCAAAGUUGUGGUCGUGCGAUGUGAAGGGAUCAACAUCUCUGGCAACUUCUACCGCAACAAGUUGAAAUACCUUGCUUUCCUGCGUAAGCGUAUGAACACCAACCCCUCUCGGGGCCCAUACCACUUCCGUGCCCCCAGCCGAAUCUUCUGGAGAACAGUGCGAGGAAUGCUCCCACACAAGACCAAACGAGGUCAGGCUGCCUUGGAGAGGCUGAAGGUUUUUGAUGGCAUCCCCCCUCCCUAUGAUAAGCGCAAGAGGAUGGUGGUGCCGGCUGCCCUGAAAGUGGUCCGCCUCAAGCCCACUCGCAAGUUUGCUUAUCUGGGCCGCCUUGCACAUGAGGUUGGCUGGAAGUACCAGGCCAUCACAGCUACCCUGGAGGAGAAACGUAAGGAGAAGGCCAAGCUCCACUACACCAGGAAGAAGCAGCUGAUGAAACUCCGAAAGCAGGCAGAGAAAAACGUGGAGAGCAAGAUCGCGAAGUACACAGACGUCCUGAAGCAGUAUGGCAUCCUGGUUUAAAUAGCAUCCAGGCUUGUUUGACAAUAAAAAAAAAGUUUACAGUC